GACUUGAUUUAGAGAUAAUAGAUAUCGAGAAUGAGAUAUCUACCCUCCAAAACCGCCUCCGACUUCUUCAACGACGGAGAGCAAAUCAUGCCUCAUAUAUAUCCUCCUUAAGACGCCUCCCACCGGAGAUAUUGGUCGAAAUAGUAUAUAUGUGCCUCUAUGGUGGUGUAAAUAUUACCACAUUAACGCAGAUAUGCGGAAAUAUUCGCGAUGCUAUAACCGGGAUGUCGUCUCUUUGGAGUCACAUCAAGUUAGUACCCCCGAAGGGUGGACAAUAUGUUUGCUGGGGUUCUACUGUUGAACCAGAUAGUGUAAUCUGGAUAUCCGGCGGAACCACGGAGCAGCUAGAAUUGAUUCUUACACGUUCAGGGUCUAAUCCAUUAGAUCUUUUCGUCCAACCUCCACUCGAUUCCGAACUCCUUGGGCCCAUUUUGUCUCGAAACAGUAGGAUUAAGUCCCUCAAGAUUGUUGAUUGGGCAAAGGCCUCUAGACAUCCUGCAGAUUACGAAUCUAUUGGAGGCCUCAAUAUGGAUCUGCUCGAGUCCCUCAUUCUAAAUGAGAGUUGGAUGCAGGUCAGCAAACUUUUACUGCCCUCUGAAGCCAUCACUCACGUUGAACAUCAAGACUUGAAAGGGCACAUUGACGCCCCAAAGAUCAGUCUUCCACAAGCAAGAUACAUUGAAAUAUCAAGCAAUCAAAAUUUAUACAAUGCUCUAGAUCUUACAGACAGUAAAGCGCACACUUUGAAGGGGGUCACCCGGAUGCGCGAUAGAUUGACCGUUAUUCCGUCGUCUUUUCCUAAUCAGUUGACAAGAUUGUUCUUAGUUAGCGUUUAUCUGGGCCCUAAACCGGUACAAACUCUCCUUUUCCCUCAUUUGGUCGGCCUAAUAAUGGCGGAUGUAACUAUGCAAGGGGUACUGGGAGAGUACUUCGAGGCCCCCAGCUUGAAGGUUUUAUACCUUUCCGGAGUUGACUUUGACCCUCUCUCACUGGCAAAGUUGCGAG